GAUGUACACACGGAUAAACGUCUUUAAAAUGUUAUAAAAUUGCCGUGAUUGAAAAUGUUAGUAAUCAAUUAGACAUUUAUGAAUUAGAAUACCAAUGCCUGGGACAGGAGGAAUUUUAUUAACCUAUGACGUAAUAAUCUGGGUUGACGCAGAGGACUUCAAUUGGAUGCUAUUAAAAAGCGUCUACUGUUACAUUGAACCACCGCUAGACGCUACGCUAUUGGCUCACACGAGCACGUGUUUUAUAUUGAAUGUUUUAAGUGGUUGAAUCUAUUUGCCCGUAUGAAAACAGUGGAGUCAUCAACAUCAACAUAAUUCAUUCUAGCUCGCCGAACCUUGACAGCCGGACAGCUUUAUAGUGGCAAUUAUUCAAUAAACAGAUGAGCUCAUAUUUUGUGAAUUCUCUCUCAACGUGUUACGGUCAAACAGCCGGUUUGGAUAACUGUGCCGAUGGAAACUUUUACAGGAAUGUAAAUUAUCCGCCAUCGGGAGCGGUUUACCCGGCAUUCGCCGGUGCGCGUUACCCGUAUGUGUCAAAACAAGAAAGAUUAGAUGAACAAAAUGGCGACUACUAUGGAACUUCAAGAUUAAGCCAUUUACCGCCAAACAGUCCGUGUUCAUCACCUCAAAACUUACACACCGGAUCUCAUACGCCGCAAAAUGUGCAUCCUAUACAUGGCGUGGAUAGAUCAAGCUGUAGUGUUCGAACAAAUUCAAAUUCUGGAAAUGCGUUCUUUGCGAACGGUCAAAUGCGCAGUGCUGGAGGUGGGGGAGUUGAGGAAAAUCGGACAUCACCGCAGCAACACACUCCUCCAACUCCUACACAUACUCAAGCACAUGGGCAACAACAGAAUUCCCCGGGGGAACAACAAAACUAUCCCCCACCACAUAUAUAUCCAUGGAUGAGGAGAAUGCAAUAUAGCCAGGGCAAAAAGGCUGAGAGUUUCACAAGAGGAAUGGACAAUGAUGAGGAAAGUAAUGAUGGAGAGUCAAAACGAUCCCGCACCUCAUAUACAAGACAUCAAACCCUGGAACUAGAAAAAGAAUUUCAUUUUAACAAAUACCUUACAAGGAGAAGAAGAAUAGAAAUCGCGCAUGCGCUAAACUUGACUGAACGACAAAUCAAAAUAUGGUUUCAAAAUAGGCGCAUGAAAUGGAAGAAAGAGCACAAACUUCCACAUAUAGCCAAAAACAUGAACAUAUGUAAUGCUCUAGAGAAAGCAGCACAGGAACGCGCAAAGGAGGCUGCAGCUGCACAUGCGGCCGCAGCGGCUGCCUCAGCACAACAUAUGUGAUCCGAGUGCAAUCUAUUCUAUUUGUGUUUAAUUUCAUGCAUCUAUCCAGUCACUAUAUGUGUACACAUUGAAGUUAGUUACAGACAGCAUAAGUUAACCGAUAUAUAACUUAUGCGAGAUCGUGGUGUCCUUCGGUAACUGCUUUUGAUUUUUGAAAGCAAAGAUGUGUUCACUAUCAUUUUUUUAUUGAACGUGUGAAGUUUGCAGAUCUUAGCACAACGGCAAGAAACAUGUGACGUGUUUCUUCAAGGUCUUUGAUGUCAUUUGUUUAUCUUUAUUUCCGGGACAAGAUAACAUUGAUACUUAAUAUUUAUUUCCAGCGAUCAUUAUUUGCAGAUUAUAUACUAUAUCUGCCGAUUUGACCAAUUAAUGUGGUAUUUUUAUACUUAUAAAGGGUACGUGUUAUCCAGUAGAACAAAGGUUGUUACCGACAUGUUUUCCUCUUCAAAAUCCAUAUCUACUAUGUCUUAGAUGACUAAGAGCUUCAGGUUCAUGAUGAACUAUAUCAGUGAUGUCAAUUAAAUCAAUAUAGUUCACUUGAUUGGUAUGUUAAAUAAAUUUAAGAUUUUUGUAAAACUUUCAUUUUAAAUAAUGUAGAUUGUUUUGCAGUCAAUGUAUGCUAGCAAUAAAUUAAACAAUAUAUAACUCCGGUUCUAGCUUUACAUGAUGUAAACAUAUAGGCCGACAGAAACAAUAGAAUCGGAAUAUAUUUUGAAAACAUCCCUGAAAAUCUUGAUUUUAUCAUUCAGAUACUACUUAAUAAGCUAAGAAUAUGUAGGAACAAAGGAGUUUUAUCUAUUGUACUGUUGUAUAUAAAUACGUCACUAAAGAUAGACACGCUAAUCACGUGAUCUGGAGAGUUGGUUAAAAACCUAAACCACGUGAUCUGAAGAGAUAGUAAAUACUUAAUAAGCUGAACCUCCACUACAUGCAUAUUUGUCUGUUUAAAGUUAUAUAUAGAAACAAAAUUAGAAUCUAUAUAUAAAUAUAAUUAGCCGUUUUACAUAAUAAUCAUAUUGCCAUUCAAUUCUACUUGCACCAUGUCGACAACAUUACAAUGUUGGCAUUAGUUAAGGAUGCUAUGUGUGUCUAUAUCAACCAGAAAAAUUCAUCAGAUUCUUAUGCCAGCCAAAGUCAAAAAGAAAAACAAAGGCAAAAAACAAAGUAAGGCCAUACCUUUACUUGCUUUUUCGAGUAUUCAAAUUUUGAAUGUUUAACUUUUUAAAUAAGAUCUGUCACUGAGUUGUUAGUUAUUUUUCUUUCAUUAUUCUUUAUGAAAAAUGAGUUUCUAAAUAAUGGUUUCUGGACACAAAUAUUAUUGUUAAAGAACGUAAGAAGAUUGAUUUCAUUUAGAAAUUUUAGAUAAUGCUUAGACCGGGAGAACACGAACAGAGAACAUUUCCCAAUAUUAUGAUAGUGUCAAGAAAAUAUACAUGUUGUAUAAUAUAAUGACUAAAUGCCAAUAAUUAUAAUAUUAUUUUCUAAAUUACGUGUCAUUUAUGUGACAUAACUGACACCGUUAUGUUACAUAUGUCAUACGGUUGAAAACUAGCUUAGAAAAACAUUUGCUGUUUGAAGGUAUCCCCAAAUCUGAGAUAAAAUCAAGCAAAUGUAAGCUCGUACCAAUCAAUCUGAAGACAUGAUUAGACUGUACAAGAGCAGCCUGUCAAGUGUGAGACCAUUUUUGCCGUGCCAAAUGUGAAACUUUAUUUUCAUGCCAGUUAUGCAUUACGCGUGAUCACACAGUCUCGGUUUCAAAUCAGGGUAAUUUGAAACACAUUAUUGAUUCACUUGAAAUUUGUAUAUCCGUUACGGCAAAGAAUAUUAUUUUUGCGUGUUGUGAGUAAUUAAAUAGCAACCAAUUUUACUUAACUGCUAACAGCAAUAAUUUAUCAAGGUAUAUGGCACGGACACCAUACCUGAAACAAAAUGAUACUUUUUGGCAUAACGGAUACAAAACUGUGUUUAUUCUGAAAGGGUAAAUUGUCUGCCAUGUUGUCAGUUAAUAUGUGAUGUGAUAUUUCGUUUUUCUUUUUUUUAAAUUUCAUGUAAAUGUUAGUUUAUUUAGUUUUCAUAGUUUGUAUCCAUAAAAGUGAUUCUUACUUUACAUAAAACUAUGUAACAGUAACAAAUUAUGUUAACGGACUUGCUUAACUUAUCGUUAUAUUUGUGCCAUACGUUUUGUAAGAAAAAAAUGUUCAAAUUAAAAGUAAUCCAUUUGAGAAAAUAGGAAAAAACAAAUCUUUAUUUAUUUCAAAACAGAACUCUAUGUUACAGAGCAUAAAUACACAAGAUAUCAGCCAAAAAUUUUCUUUGGCAAAAGAGUAAAGAUCCAAAGAUUGUCCAAACUAAUUUAAUAAUUUUUUAACUUCAUGAUUCAAUUUCGCGCACAAGUUAACUAGAUAAUUUAUUUACAAAAAAAUGUUUCCUAUAUAACUAAAGAGAAACAGCAUGUACACUAUUGCUAAUGUUCAGCCUUUGUUUUGUUUUUCAAUUAGCAUAGUUCAAGAUAUAUCCUGAUAUAGGUAUAUUUUAAUCGGGAUAUAAAUUCACAAAAUACAUUAGCAAGUGCAAAGUAAUUUAACACAGCCUUUAGGGAACGAGUAUGUCUUCAAACACUGCCUUUAUUGUAAUGUUUCCUCUACCUGUUCAAUAUAGUUUCAUAUCGUUAUAGUUGUGCCAUUUAACAUUUAUUUCCCUCUUCUCGUAAAUGGUCAUUUUUCAUAUAUUUCAUGUUAUCAUUGUAUACAUGGACCUCAUACGAAUUCACUUUUACAUGAAAUUGUACCAAUUGCACUUCUUUAAAACAAUAACAUAAACGUAUCCAAAGGAAUGUUGAAUAUUUAAUUAUUUUGGAAGUAUUAAUGUAAAUUGGUCUAUAAUGGAAGGUAUGUAAUACACUAAAUACUUACACUGAUAGUGUUUAGUAUCAGACAUAACACAAAACCAUGAAAGAAUUGAGUAUGGAUGUUGCUGGCAAGUGUGAGAUUUAUGAUCUGAAAGUACAUAUAUUAAUAUAGUAGAUGAUAAAAUGUUUCAGAGCAAAAUAUGAUUGUUCAUCAUAUAAAUGUUCAUUCUAAAACGCUUUGUCAUCAACUUUUUUUUCAAGCAAUAUUUAAAUGAAAAAUAUCUGAUACAUUUCUAUUGUUUUAAUAUUUAAAUUACUCCAUUGUAGACCUAUCAACUUUAAUAUAUGUAUAUCGAUUAUUUUAUUCAAAUGCUUUAAAAGAUAUUAAAUAAUUUUAGAAAUGUACUACUAUUAAAUUGAAAAAAGAAUUUGUUAAUCGGUAAAUCAGCACAUUUCUGUAAGAGUGAAUUUUAUGAAAAGUCCAAAGGUCCUUUUAUCCAGUCACUUUACAUUGUGAACAUUGUUCUAUGUCAAAGUUCAUAAUAUUUGUUUUGAAUAUUUUAAUGAAUGAGUUAUUGUUCCAAAUGAAAUUGGGUAAACCAUCAUUUAUAUAGUAAAUAAAUCCAAAGCAAUACGAGUGU